AUGGCCGAGUUAAACGGUAACUCAACCAUAAACGGGGUUGGCCAGUCUAUCCAGAAGAUCGAGAAGGUCAUAUCUGCGUCGCUGCGGCCAUUGCCAACUGAGACGGGGGAUGGCACGUAUGUCACGUCGGCAACAAGAUCACACCUUGUCGAAGACAUCAGCCGUCUCGACCUCGGCGAUGUCAAGACCAUCGUGAAUAUCGCCAAGAGUGCUGCGACGGGCGAGCCGGUGGACGAUAAGCGUUAUAUCACGGAAAAGUUGAUCCAACUUGCUUCUGGACUGCCCUCCACCUCUCGUACUGGUGCCGAAUUGACGAACACUUUUCUCAACCAAUUGUGGAAUGACCUAGAACAUCCACCAGUCUCCUAUUUGGGCCGUAACUACGCAUACCGCGAGGCUGAUGGCUCCGGCAAUAACAUUCUUUGGCCCCAGAUUGGUGCCGCUGGCUCCCAUUAUGCAAGAUCUGUAAGGCCUCAGACAGUACAGUCUCCGGCGCUUCCCGAUCCGGAAUCUCUCUUCGAUUCCCUCCUGGCGCGAAAGGACUUUAAAGAACACCCAAAUAAGAUCUCCAGCAUUUUGUUCUAUAUAGCAUCUAUUAUAAUUCAUGACCUGUUUCAAACAGACCGAGAUGAUGGGACAACUUCCGUCACCUCGUCGUAUUUGGAUCUCUCGCCACUUUAUGGCAACAAUUCGGAUGAGCAAAGUCUUGUCAGAACAUUCAAGGAUGGCAAGUUGAAACCGGAUUGCUUCUCAUCGCGACGUGCAUUGGGAUUCCCUCCAGGUGUCUGUGUGAUUCUGAUCAUGUUCAACCGUUUCCACAACCAUGUGGUUGACGAACUGGCAUCAAUUAAUGAGAACGGAAGAUUUACCAAACCAGACGAAUUGAAUGUCAAGGAGUACGCAAAGUACGACAACGAUCUUUUCCAGACUGGACGCCUUGUGACCUGUGGAUUAUACGUCAACAUAAUCCUCAAAGACUACGUUCGGACGAUUUUGAACAUCAAUCGCACUGACAGCACCUGGAGCUUGGACCCUCGUGCGGAGAUCAAAGACAGUCUGCUCGGGCAGGCAGCUGCCCGAGCUACAGGAAACCAGAUAUCCGCUGAGUUCAAUCUUGUUUAUCGCUGGCAUUCGUGUAUAUCCAAACGCGACGAGAAAUGGACACGAGACUUGUAUAGCAAGAUCUUCCCCGGAAGGGACCCCAGCAAUAUCCCUCUGCCAGAAUUCGUCCGAGGUCUUGGUAAGUGGGACGCGGAACUAUCGGGCCAACCAGACGAGCGCGAGUUUGCUGGACUGCAACGCAAUGCGGACGGAAGUUUCGACGAUGACGCUUUGGCCGAGAUUUUCAGGGAAAGCGUAGAGGACUGCGCAGGCGCAUUCGGUGCCUCCAAUGUCCCGACCGUCUUCAGAAGUGUUGAAGCGCUGGGUAUUAUGCAAGCCCGUUCCUGGAAUUUGGCAACUUUGAACGAGCUUCGGAGAUAUUUCAACCUUGUUGCCCACAAGACCUUUGAAGACAUCAAUCCUGAUCCCUACAUAGCUGACCAGCUGAGACGGCUGUAUGAUCACCCCGAUCUCGUGGAAAUUUACCCGGGGGUCAUCGUGGAGGAUACGAAGGAACCAAUGGUUCCCGGCAGCGGUCUUUGCACCAACUUUACAACGUCGAGGGUUAUUCUUUCCGAUGCGGUGGCUUUAGUGCGUGGUGAUCGCUUUUACACGGUUGACUACACACCAAAACACCUGACCAAUUGGGCCUUCAAAGAAAUCCAGCCACAAGACUCCGUUGAUCAAGGCCAUGUCUUCUACAAAUUGGUUUUGCGAGCAUUUCCGAAUCACUUCAGAGGGGAUUCUAUCUAUGCCCACUUUCCGAUGGUCAUUCCAUCCGAGAACAAGCAGAUCUUGACCAAACUCGGGGUUGCCGAACACUACAGUUGGGACAGUCCUAGCUUUGUGCCUCUCCCUCGAUUCAUCAAUUCACAUUCUGCGUGCAUGUCAAUUUUAUCGGACCAAGAGACGUUCAAGGUGACAUGGGGCAAGAAAAUUGAAUUUCUCAUGCGGCGCGGCAGUCAUCAGUAUGGCCGAAGUUUCAUGCUGUCUGGGGGUGAUUUACCGAAUGCGGCGUCGCGCAAGAUGAUGGGAGCAGCUUUAUACCGAACGAGGUGGGAAGAGGAAGUGAAAGACUUCUACGAGCAGAUCACCUUGAAGCUCUUGCACCGAAACUCCUACAAGAUCGCCGGGGUCAACCAGGCUGACUUCGUCCGCGACGUCGCAAACAUUGCACAGGUGCAUUUCUGUGCGACCGUUUUCUCGUUACCCUUGAAGACCGAAUCUAAUCCUCGGGGCGUGUUCACGGAAGCCGAGCUAUACAAAAUCAUGGCCGUUGUUUUCACUGCCAUCUUCAAUGACGUUGACGUUGCGAAGUCCUUCGAACUGAAUCAGGCAGCUCGAGCGGCAACCCAACAACUUGGACAGCUCACCAUGGCCAACGUUGAAUUUGUGGCCAAGUCCGGCUUUAUUGCCAACUUGGUUAAUAGUCUUCAUCGCCAUGAUGCUCUGACUGACUACGGUGUGCACAUGAUCCAACGCCUGCUUGCCAGUGGUCUCCCAGCGGACGAGAUCGUAUGGACUCACCUAUUGCCAACUGCUGGAGGCAUGGUGGCAAACCAAGGACAGCUCAUCUCCCAGUGUCUUGAUUACUACCUCUCCGAAGAAGGCUCGAUUCACCUGCCGGAGAUAAAUCGACUCGCCAAGGAAGAUACGCCAAAGGCCGAUAGUAUACUGCUUCGCUAUUUCAUGGAAGGUGCUCGGCUGGGGUCAUCUGUUGGCUUAUUUCGCGUGGCAGCAAGUCCUGCCGUCGUUGAAGACAACGGAGAGAAAGUGAGCUUGAAGGCUGGCCAGCACAUCCUUUGCAAUUUGGUAUCGGCGUCGAAGGAUCCUGUCAGCUUCCCGGAACCGGCGAAAGUCAGGCUGGAUCGUGAUAUGAAUCUAUAUGCCCACUUUGGCUUCGGAGCGCAUCAAUGUCUAGGGAUUGGACUCUGCAAGCUGGCACUGACGACGAUGCUCAAGGUGAUCGGGCGCCUCGACAAUCUUCGCCGCGCGCCGGGGCCACAAGGACGCAUCCAAAAACUCCCAGGACCCGGUGGAAUUUCCAAAUACCUGACGGCAGACCAGAGCGGAUUUUCGCCCUUCCCAACCACCAUGAAAAUCCAGUGGGACGGAGAGCUGCCCGAGCUGGAGAUGAAGUAG